CCCUCUCGGACCUCUAAUUUCUUUGCCUCUCAUUCGGUCAAUAAAACAGACCCGCCUCCUCGACAGCUGCCAUGACAACCGGGAAACGAUCUCGGCGAAUUCACCGUUGCCCCGUCGGUGGUUCCCAGGCAACAACUACACAAAUCCAGGAAAACAUCCGGAAUAGAACCUUGAUCGCCCUUCUGAUCGCCUGAACGUGGAAUAACUGCAAGACUUAGGAGAAUUUAUUUGCGAAGACAUGACGACACCUUCCCUUCCCUUCCUAGAUAAAAGAGAUCCUCGUCUCAAACUUAAGGUGGAAAACAGGAAAAGAAACAUUUUUGUAACACAUUCGGAAAACACCAGAGAGGAGAAAAAUGUCAACUACAUACCUGUUGUAACGGAGACCUCUAGCAGAGUCCUUGAGGCAGGAGUGAACACUUUGCAAAAGACACUGGUACUGAAGAAACAGGCCGAGUUGGACAAGGUGGACAAGCAGCUCACACUCAAACGGCAAGAGUUUAAGAGCCACGUGGAAGUUCUAGCUCAGAGAAGGUCUGAACUGGAAGUACAACAACAGGAGACUAAAGAGAGGGUGGUGAAAUUUGAAAAGUUUGUGGCUGAAAAUGAAGUGAAGCGACGCCAAGCAUUGCAGAAGUAUGAGACUGCUCGGGAGCAGAACAUUUUGAAGCAGAGAGAGAUUGAAGAUCUGACGGAACAGCUGAAGCAGCUCCGGGCUAGACAGCAAGUUUUAAAAGAGAGAAUGGCAAAAUACAAAAUGUAUGAAGACUACUUGAUGAAGACACUAGAUUAUCUCCCCAGCACUUACCUUGAUAGUGGGUCUCAAUCUUUGGUUAUGCCCAUCAUUCGGCGCCAUGAGACCUUGUGCAUUACCAACGAGGAGCUGCUGCACCGUUUGCGGCGUCUGGAGGAGGAGGCGGAGCAGGGUCAACGACAUCUGCAGACCAUGAAACAAGAGCACAGUAUUAGAAAACUGAUUGCCAACAAAGAACUGUCUGAAUUGCAGAGCGAGUUAGAAACCCUCAGAGAGAAGAACAAACAAGUGGGGGAUAACUUGCUGAUGGAGCAAGGCCUGUCCAGAAAGAAGUUGGAAGAAGUGGGAAGAUUGCUGAUGGCCAUCAACAACCUAGCAGAGCAGUGUUAUCUACCAGCAUAUGGACCUCUGGAAAACAUCAACAUAUUGACAAUGAUGGACAUGGUAAAGGAAUACAUUCUGGACAAGGAUGAUACAGAGAGAAGAGCAAGGAGACUGAUGGAAUCAGGCUCUGCAAUGACAAGCAGAACAGCUUUGACAGACAUGAGACGGAGAGGAUCAGUGAAAAGCAUCGGCAGUAAAACACAAAUAAAAAGUUAACAUAAAGUCAGUAGACACCGUGAGAAAAUGAGCUUUAGGUUCAUUUAGAAUUUGAACAAAGUAAUGUGGGGCGGGGGGCAUGAUUUGAUCAAUCAUUUGCAUUUCUAAAAAUGAACUAAUAAUCUCUAUUGUUCAGCUGUGGGUUAUAGUGAAAACUUUCUGUGGUACCAGCAGCUCCCUUUAUCUGUUGUAGCUGUAGACUGUCUCACCCACUUAUCUUCAGGCCUUCAUCACAGAGCAAAUUGUCCAGGAGAGUAUUUUCAUUUUAUGCUGCUUUAUAUGUCU